GAAUGUAAAGCAGCCCUGGGCAUGGAAAACGGUAAAAUUCUGGACGGACAGAUCAGUGCCUCUUCAGAACACAGCAGCUCUCUUGCCGCUAUUCAUGGCAGACUGCACUAUCAGGGGCCGCAAGGGAACGAUGGAGCUUGGGCAGCUUCCACAAAUGAUUUCAAUCAAUGGCUCCAGAUUGAUCUGGGCAGUCAGUUCUUCAAGGUGAAAGGUGUUGCAACACAGAGCAGACAAAACGUGAUGCAGUAUGUUAUGAAAUACAAACUGCAGUACAGUAACAACGGCCUUAAUUUUACGUUCUAUAGGGAAGAAGGUAGCUACGAAAACAAGCUCUUUAUUGGAAACAGUGACAAGAACAAUGUUGUAUCACAUGACUUAAACCCACCAAUCAGAGCACGCUUUAUUCGAUUUCGACCUAGAGAAUGGUUUGAUCACAUAUCGAUGAGAGUGGAACUCUACGGCUGUCAAGUGUGUCGAGAUGGUCUUGGUAUGGAAAGUGGUGCAAUAACUGACGGCCAGAUCAGUGCUUCUUCUGAAUGGGAUGCGAAUCAUUCUGCUGCACAAGGCAGAUUAAACCUUCAACCCAGCAACGACUUUCAAGGAUGUUGGUCAGCUGCCUUAAACGAUGGGAAUCAGUGGUUAAAGGUUGAUCUGGGGACUGUUUACACAGCUGUCACUCGUGUGGCAACACAGGGAAGAAAUGGUACUAGCUAUCGUCAGUGGGUGACUAAGUACAAACUUCAGUAUAGUGACGACGGCGAAAACUUCAAAUACUACACGGAAGAAGAACAAAAUACUCACAAGGUAUUUACUGGAAACACAGACCGCGAUACAGUUGUGUCACGUGAUUUAUAUCCACCAAUCAGGGCUCGUUACAUUCGAUUUCGACCUGUUUCCUGGGAAGGUCACAUAUCCAUGAGGGUGGAACUCUAUGGCUGUCAAGAGUGUCAAGAGUCAUUAGGAGUGGAGACUAGAAAAAUUCCUGACGAUCAGCUUACUGCUUCAUCGAAACUGAAUGACAAUCUAGCUCCUAAAUUUGGAAGACUCUACUUGGAAGAAAAUCUGCCUCAUCAGGAAGGUUCUUGGGCGGCUUUACACAAUGAUACCAACCAGUGGCUUCAAGUUGACUUGGGGUCAUACUAUGUUAAAGUGACACGCGUGGCAACACAAGGACGAAAUGGCAGCGACCAGUGGGUGACUCAAUACAGACUGCAGUAUGGUGAUGAUGUAGCAAACUUGCAGCGCUACAAGGAAUACAAUCAAGACAUUGAAAAGGUUUUCGAUGGAAACACAGACGCUGACACUGUUGUAUCACAUGACCUAGUUCCACCAAUAAGAGCUCGCUAUGUCCGUUUUCUCCCAGGAGGUUGGCAUAUUCAUAUAUCAAUGAGAGUGGAUUUAUAUGGAUGCGAAGAAUGUCAAGAAGCUCUUGGAAUGGAGAAUGGCGUAAUCCUCGAUGAAAAAAUUACUGCUUCUUCUCAGUAUGCUGAGAGGACUGGCCCAGCUCGGGCACGACUUUACUUUGAAAACACAUUCGGGACAGGAGGUUGGGUGCCAACCCUUCUGGAUGACAAUCCAUGGCUCCAGAUUGACUUGGAAUUUGAUGCAAACACAGACAAGAACACUGUUGUCUUCCACGAGUUAUACCCAGGAAUCACCGCGCGUUACAUACGUUUUUACCCAACACAAUAUAACACUCAGGUCUCAAUGAGAGUGGAGCUCUACGGAUGUCCAGGAGUAUUAGAAAACACUCACACCUAUGGCACACUGACGAAGCGUCGUUCGGAUGAUCUUACGUUAUCUAAAUGA